CAAGAGCCCACGAUUUGGGGUUAAGUGACUGACACUCAAGGUUACCGUUGAGGGAAUCAGCAGAACCAGAAGCAAGAAUCUCUUCCAAUUCGGCCUCCACUGAGUCUGCGCCUCUUUCGUUGUGGUCAGAUUGGCCUUGGACCAACGUCAUUUCCACCAACCUUUUGGGUCCUGUACAAUUGAUCCACGCGUUCCUACCGGGCAUGAUGGCUCGAAACCGCGGGACAAUUAUUUCUCUCGGUUCUCGCAACGCCGGGCACUCGGUGUUCUAUAUGACGGCAUACAGUGCGUCCAAGGCAGCGUUGACGCGAUUCCAUCAUGAUUUGGAUCUGGAACUGAGGGACAGGAACGAUCUCCGAAGGAGUGAGGUUCGCAGUAAUGUACUAGGGAGGGGUGGGUUUCACAGUGACGAUGAAGUUCACAACAGUGAUGAAGAAGUCCGCACUGGCAACAGCCACGGCAAGAUCGGCAAUUCUGUUCGUGGUGUUGUUAAUGGUAUCGCCACAUUCGUAGUCCAUCCAGGCGACGUCCCCACCACCAUUGCCCAUGUCCCCGGAGCGAUCAACAUGACCGCCGUGCGCGAGGUAGCUGGAAUGAGAGACAUGUUGAAUUCGACCAAGGGGUGCGCCACAGAGACACCAGAGUUGGUCGCAUGGACAAUUGUCAAGUUGAUCACAGACCGAAGAGCCAGAUCAGUCUUGUCGGGGAAGUAUGUUGAUGCCGUGCAAGAUCUGGAGGUUGUGCUGCAGAGGGCGGAAAGAGGCGAGCUGGAAAGGAGGCGGUUGUAUGUGUUGAAGAUUGAUGAGUUGUGAUAAAAAGGAAAAAGGGAGGGAAAUUAGGCAAGGUUCAUUUAUUCAUUUACUUUGGCUGGCUCUACCACAGAUGCAAGCAAAGGGUGUUCAGCCUCGUACCUAAGGUUUCCAUUCACAGUAAAAAUGCACCAAUCUCCCCAUCAUACGACUAGAUUGAUAGACACACUAUCCUGGGAAUAUGAAAUCCACCUCCACUCAUUAAUAUCGAGCAACAAUAACACUCGUGGA